GCGUACUUACGUCAUGUUGCGAGAGUAUCCUUCAAUGCUUCCUUCUACACAGCAGUGUGACUUUAGCUUGUUGAGCUGAGUGGAUCAGAGUGUGCUGAGGGACAGUAGUUGUUUUAAGAUGUUGAUUUUGUUAAACAGGUUAAAGUUCGGUUCUCUGGCGUUCACCGCCGCCCGCCUGUACAGCAGCGGACCCGCAACAGCAAAUAAAAACCCCCAGGUUUACUUUGACAUUGCCGCAGACAGUGAGCCUCUGGGCAGAGUGACAUUUGAGCUCAACGCAGAUGUUGUGCCAAAAACAGCAGAAAACUUCAGAGUGCUGUGCACAGGAGAACAUGGAUUUGGCUACAAGGGCUCCACUUUCCACAGGGUGAUCCCUCAGUUUAUGUGUCAGGGUGGAGACUUCACAAACCACAAUGGAACUGGUGGGAAGUCAAUUUACGGUUUGAGAUUUCCUGAUGAAAACUUCAAGCUGAAGCACACUGGACCUGGUAUCUUGUCUAUGGCCAAUGCUGGACCCAACACCAACGGAUCUCAGUUCUUUAUUUGCACCACAAAAACAGAGUGGCUUGAUGGUAGGCAUGUUGUCUUUGGCAGCGUGAAGGAGGGAAUGGACGUGAUCAAAAAAGUGGAAUCCUACGGUUCCCGCUCUGGGCACACUUCCAGGAGGAUCACGAUCACAGCCUGCGGAGAGGUCGAGUAGACGCCCACGUGAGGACCGGGUUCUGUCAGAGUCUGCUGUAAUCUCAACAGAAGAUACCUUUCAUUAUUCAUCGCACGAAGAGCUACCUCUCUUUGGUGAAAAUGGAUGACUGUAUUUCAUGUUUCUAUGGUGUCAUUUGAAUGGUGUUGGUUUUUACUCUGGUACCAUGUGAGGCCCUUCAAAUGUGAAACUUUCAAUUGUAAAUCAGGUUCUAUGCAUUUUUAAAAAUGUAUAAAUUACAUUUUUUUGUGAAAGUGGGAUUAUUUGUUAAAUCUUUUUAGCAAUGCAUGAUUGAAACAAUGAUUGUUGUCCUAAAAUAAUACUUUUUACUUGAAAACUGUGAAAUAAAGAGAAUUACUUCAAUGUUAUGAAAGUAUU